UGCCUCCCACUCAGGGCCUGAGUCCCAGCCAGAAUCAAUGGAGGACAAGAAAAAGAAAAGGAGUCCCAAGCCCUGCCUGACCCAGCCGGCUGCAGCCCCAGGAACACUCCGCAGGGUCCCUGUGCCCACCAGUCACAGUGGCUCCUUGGCCUUGGGCCUCCCGCAUCUGCCAUCCCCCAAACAGAGGGCCAAAUUCAAGAGGGUAGGCAAGGAGAAGUGCCGCCCAGUGCUGGCUGGAGGUGGGGGUGGCUCUGCUGGCACCCCCCUGCAGCACUCGUUCCUGACUGAGGUGACCGAUGUUUAUGAGAUGGAGGGGGGACUGCUGAAUCUGCUCAAUGAUUUCCACUCAGGCAGGCUGCAGGCCUUUGGGAAGGAAUGCUCCUUCGAGCAGUUGGAGCACGUGCGGGAGAUGCAGGAGAAGCUGGCCCGGCUGCACUUCAGCCUAGAUGUGUGUGGGGAGGAGGAGGAAGAAGAGGAGGAAGAGGAUGGGGUCACUGAGGGACUGCCUGAGGAGCAGAAGAAGACCAUGGCUGACCGAAACCUGGACCAGCUGCUUAGCAAUCACUCAACAAUUAUUUUCACCGAUUUAGAUUACUAGUCCUAGUCAGAAGCAGUGCUGGUGCAAACACCUGUGUGGUUUAGACCGAAAGAGAAGCCAACUAGCAAGAAUGGCACGUGAGAACUGUAACCUCAGACCACGGACCACCCCAGAGUCCCUUGCGCAGCCCCUUUUCGCAGUCUGGGAAACAGCCUGUGCAGGAUGGGAAGAUAGGGCUGGAAAGGCAGGUCCAAUGUAUCCUAUCCUUGACUGCCACAGACAGAAGCUGCACCUGGCCGAGAAUGCGGAGCCUGAGGAACAGGCAGCUGUGUAGGUGUUGGACCCAAGCCCAGGCUGCCCCUUCUCAUUUCCUUCAAACUGUGACUGUUUACGAACUCGACUGCAUAUUCCACAGCCCCCCAGGUGCUAUGGGGAGGGGGGCAUUAGAUGGAAUUAAACCAGAAAGAAAGAAUGCGGCUUCGUGUCCUCUCUCUCCUGCGUCUUUACUCGCCUGGGGCGCCCCGACCCCGGCGAAUAUACCCCUG